AUGAUUUAAUUUCAGUAAAGGCCCUUAGAAGAAAGACAAUAGGAUAUAAAGAAGCAUAAGGCAUCUCUAUAAAGUCCUGGUCAGUUAGAAGAAUGUUAAAAAUGCAUAAAAGAAGUAAAUAAUUAGAUAAAUUUUAAGUCUCGAGAAGAAUUCAUGAUUUUUAUUCAAGACUAUAUUAUAAUGACACUAUCUAAUGAUGAUUCAAGUGUAUGUGAGGAAGUAAAAUAAAUGUAAUUAGUUUUAGUUAAUUUAAAUCAUCAAAAAUCAAUGUAUUAAACUUAUAGAUAAACCAUUGUGGACUUUCAAAGAAUUAUUUGCUGAGCUCGAAUUAUAGCUAGAAAGACACAUAGGUAUUUAUUGAUUUAAAGAUGAAUUUUUUUAGACGAUUAUAUCGUGUUUAAUUAAGUGAAAUAAUUGCUUUCCAGUUUCAAUGUUCAAUACUCAAACAACUUUAAUUAAAUAAGUUCAUUUUAUUUAAAAAGCAUAUUAAGUUAAAACUCGAUUCCUUAGUAAUAAUUAAAGAGAGUUUGUCAUUUUAUUGAAGGUAAAUAUAAAUUUGAUAAGAAAGUUUAAGAAUUAAUACCAAACCAACAGGAUAGAGUAGAAGAAAUAAACUAGCAUCUUUAAUCAUUUAUCCAGUAUUAACUUAUUCUUUCAAUUUAUUAGUCAAGAGAACCUGCUUCAUUUAGAUUCAUGGUCUUGCCAAUUUUAAUCAUCAUAUGGUAUAAUUUUUAUAGAUAUAGAUAUUUCAUACAAGGCCAAAAAAUUGAAUAUUGAUGUAAUUUUGAUUGAUACAUUUGGUAUCAAUUAAAGCAUCUCAUAAAUGCUAUUUCUUUUGUUACCAAACUAUGAAGUAAUUUUACCUUAGUUGUAAUCAUCCAUUAAUAUAAACAAGGGGAAUUUAUAGCAAGUAAUGUUGAAUUUAUUUUGUGUAGGCUUUGUCGAACAUAUACGAUAUAAACCCUGAAAUAUCUGAUUGGCCUCACAUACUCACUUUAAAAGGUAAAGGCAUAGUCUGCUGUAAUUUUGAUGGAUUUCAAGCAAAUGAAUUUAUAAACUUUUAUUAUGGAGAAGUAUACACCCCUUCAAGAUGGUUUGAGAAAUAGACAGUAUUCAAUAAGAGAAUGCAAGAUGGAAAUAAAAAAUCAUGUUUGCAGAGUCCUUUUGCAGAAUUUUACAUAAAUGAUGAUCUCUUUGUACGAAAUUUAAAAUAUUAUAAAAAGUUUAUUGAUCCAACUAGAUAUGGAAAUAUUGCACUAUAUAUAUCAUAUUCCUGUGAUCCGAAUUGCAAAUUGAUGGCAGUGUCUAUAAAUUCUUAAUAUAAACUUGCAAUUGUUACAUUAAAGAAAAUAAAUUAUCUAGAAGAAUUAACUCUUCCAUUUCCAUAAACUUCUAAUGAUUUAUGCUUUUGUGGUUCUAUAUAUUGCAGAAGAACCUCUUAAUUAGAAAAAUUCAAUAAUAGAUUAUCACAAAAUUAUCCUAAUUAUAUAUAGAGAAAUGCAAUAUUAUUAUAAUCGACAAUUCUUGGAAAACCUAAUCAUUUGACAUUAAUUCCUUAUUGGUUAGACAAUUGGCAGAAACUUAAUUCUACUUAAGAUUAAAUCAAUAUUUUAUCAUGUGUUGAUAAAGUUAAAUUUGCUCUGAAUUCUUUAAAUGAUAAUGCUCCUCCUAUAUAUUUGAUUUAUGACAUUUUUUAAAUCUUUUGGAAGAAUUAUGAUAAUAUAAAUCCUUAGAAUGAAUUAAAAUAAUCAAUCCUUAAUGAAAUCAAAACUUUAUUGAUGAGACAUUCCAAUCUCAAAGAAUGUCAAACUGCAUUAGAAAUUAUUAAAUUAAUGAAAUCUAUUAUAGAUGAAUAAAAUUAAUAUAAAAUGUAAUUGACUAGAAUGUUAUUACUCAUUUUAAGUGAAUUAUUUUUGAAUAUGGAAACUUCUCAUUUUCAUAAUAAAGGUCUAUCUAUUAUUUUAUAUUUUAUGUCUUUUACUCAUACUUAUUUCUCAUCCACUUAAUAUGAAGGAUUCUUAGGAAAACCUUUUGAAGAGAAUGAGUUUGAAUAUAUACCUUAACCAAAAAAUAGAUAGAAAUUAGCCCUAGCUAAAUUAUACACUCCCUAAUAUAUAUGGGGAUAAUUGAUAAAUUGGAAUAAAUAAACCCUUCAAAAUCCUUAAUCAUCAAUGGCUCAAGAAAGAAGAGGAGUUUUAUGUUAUCCUUCAUUCAUAUUAUCGUUUGACAACAAACAUAAACUCUUUCCAUAUUAAUGCAAAACAAGAGAACAAUUUCUAGAGUACUUUUAAAUUAAAUAAGAUAUCUAACCUGAUUUAUCAAUAUGGUCAUACAAAAACUACUACAAGUAUACUGAUUUUUUCUAUGUUUAGCAUUUAUGGAACUAUCUUUUUUGAAUAAUAUUUCUCUUAGUAAAUUGUUGGAGACAAUUUUAUAGCUUAAAUAUCUAAAUUUGGAACUCAUUCAUUUAAAGAUAAAUUUCUUUUUUGGUUACAAAUAGAAAACUUAUUCUAUUAGGAUAACUAAAUGAUAGAAGUUUUGAAUGAAAUUUUUGAAAAGUAAGAAUCUAAUUAAUAAUUUAGAUAUUUUAAAAAAAAUUUCAAUAGAUAAAAUAGUUUUAGUUCAAAUUCAGAAUGUACUGAAUAAAUAGUCAAAAAAAUUAAAUUAAAGAAUCCUUCAAUAAUUAUUGAUGACACUUAAACAGGAUAAUUUUGA